AUGGAGCAUGUUCAAGUUCCACCCAACUUCGACCCUUGGAGCCAGAAUUUGAACAUCACAGUUUCCGAUGGCCAAGGCGGAUGGGUUGUGGUGACGAGAAACAUGCAGGACCUUGACCAAUAUCGGUACUAUGGAUUUCGUCUUGCGAUCAGCUAUGGAGCUGGAUUCGGAGCAUGUUUACUGCUUUUCCUGGUUCUCCUAAUCACGACCAAGGCCGAUCGACGAAAGUCCGCCAUAUUCUUGCUCAAUGUCGCUUGUGUCUUCUCCAAUUGCAUCCGUUGUCUGCUGUUCAGCAGCUGGCUCACCGGCGAAUUCUACAAUCCCUAUUCCGUUCUCAGCCAGGACUGGAGACGCAUCACUAACGGAGACUUUGCCAAUCAUAUCGCCAUCAAUAUCUUCGGUAUCCUGGUCAACGCUCUGGUCUUCGCCUCGCUCAGUCUUCAAGUGUGGACCGUCUGCGUCACCACACCGCCUCUACAGCGAAGCAUCAUCAUGGUUGUUACUCUAAUCAUGGCUGGCGUCUCGUUUGGGUACAGAGUCGCUGCUGUGUACUACAACACCAAGUUGACAUUGUCCUAUCAACCCCUAGACUCUAUUGAGUACCUAGUGUCAAUUUCCUAUAUGCUUCAGACCGUUGCGAUCUGGCUCUUCAGUUGCGUGUUUACCUGGAAGCUCGGCUAUGCGAUUAUACAGAGGCGUCGUCUCAACAUGCCUCAGUUUGGACCGAUCCAAGUCGUCUUUAUCAUGGGCUGUCAGACUAUGCUGAUUCCAGCAAUCUUUUCUUCACUUCAAUAUGCAGGCUUCCUUCCUGAGAUUGUUACUCAUGUCCUCACGGUCGUCUGCAUCUUCCUCCCGCUAUCAGCAAUCUGGGCGGGAGUUGUGAACGACCAGGACCUUGCCUCCAGAGGGCCCGAUGCUCAUCAGCGACUUAUCAGGAACGAUUACUUCAACUCUGGAUCCAGAGCUACAAUGGUCGGGGGCUCUACUGUCUGCGAUAAGAGUCGUCAGAUGAGUGUGUGGUCUGAUACGAAGAGCAAGGACAUUGAGAGCAUUCCUCUCACUCCUACAGUACCUACUCCCAAGAGUAUAAAGAGCAACGAAAUCAGGGUCGACCGCGACUUCAACGUUUCGCGCCACGAUGCUGCUAGUCGGGUCUAA